AUGCAGGAGGAUAGACGGCGCGAUGAGGAUAUCGUGCAGCGUUUUCAGCGCGUGCUUAGCGAGAUGAAUAUCCAGGUCGAGGUCAACGAGGAAGGCGAAGGUGUGGAAGUCACGUCGAAUCUGGACAGGACGCGCGAUUUGACGCGUGGUGGCGCGGUUGCUGCGCUGGGACGACAUUCGCGGAGAAGCAGCUUUGACAGCUUCUUUGAUGGGACGGCGGAUAAGGUUGCGGGGACGGAUUAUGGAGACCUCCCUGUACGGACGAGCAGUGGUUCGAAUGCUGGCGCGCCGAAUGGAUACCACCCGAGGCGCGUGAGGUCAGAUACGGAAGCGCAUUCGUACCAACAGGCGCAACUUCCAGUGCGCAGCAAGGUCAAUGGGUAUGCGCAUCGCCGCUCUGCUUCUGGACAACAGUACCAAAGGCCGAGGAGGAGCGCUUCUGUGUCCAGUCGCGGGAGUCUUCAGAUCACAAGACCAGGCGUGGCAGCGGCUUCGCGGGCUGUUGACUACGAUGCAGACGAUACCGAAACCGAUCGCACAACGAGUGUCGACCUUUCACACAUACAAGUACCUGGCAUCAACGCGCCGAUUCCGGACAUUUCGCGCGGCUCGUCAAGUCAGUACCAGCCAUUCGUCCCAGAGCCCUUUCAGCCAUCCGAUACCCGACUACUGGACGAGGCCGAGAUAUUCGAACAGCAGCGGCUGCACAGGGUGACAAGAGACUGUAUACAGACAUGGCGCAAUCGUACUCAAGAGCGGCUAUCGAUUCGUGAAGACAUGGAGAGAUUAGCAACUGCUUUUGAUCGCAGGAUCCUUCUGAAGCUGUCCUUCGAGCAGCUUCGCGACACCGCGCGCGUCCGGCGAUCGGGCAGAGAGACGGAGCGUUUCUUCGGACGCUUGGAAGAGCGCGCUGAUCGAGCUCGGAACAUUUUUCUCCUAACCAAAGCAUUCACACACUGGGCAAAGAGUGCGGAAGACGAGGUACAACGAACGUCGGUCGCGCGGCGACAUAUCCUACGAACACGAUUCUUCAACGGCUGGCGCGACAUCACGGCUGUCAACGAGCUCAAGGUUCAGCAUUUCGUGCUGGCCAAGUUUCUACGACAAUGGCGCGCACGGGCGACGACGCUUCUUGAAAAUACUCAAUUCGCUGUGCAGCUGUACGAAGAGAACUUGGUGCGCAGAAUCUACAAGGAGUGGUUCUUCAAAUUCUGCGCUAUUGCUGCUCCGGCAUGGCGUAAUGAUCGCACCAGGAAGAUUGCGCUGCACAAGAUGGUUGAGAUUGCGAAGGUCUUGAGAGAGAGGCAGGAGUGGGCGGUUGAUCGCUGGCAGAAAGGCGUGUUGAGGAAGACGUUGCAGCACUGGCGAGGAGAGACAACCACGGUUCAAGCACUUACACCGCGCGCAGAGGACUUCAGACGAAACAGUGUGAUGUCCUCAGCCCUCGACGCACUGUAUAAACACGCACAAUUAGCGCCUUUGCUACGACAAUUUCAAGAACGAGCAAGUGCUCGUAUUGGCCAGAAGGCGUUACAAGAAUGGCGACACGCUGCUCAGCUCUCUCAACAGGCACGCAAUGUGGACCGCAUGCGAGUCUUACGCAAUGCUUACACGGCUUGGAACGACCGUUUACGCAUCAAAGCACUCGAAGACCGGAUCAACGACCGCGUGAUCGUGGAGGCACUUUACAAGUGGACCUUGGCCUCAAGAGUCUCCCUCUUCCAGCGCGUACACAACCGCCAGCUCAAAGAAGAUGCUUUCCUCACCUGGGUCACCAAGGCCAAUCAACGCAAUAAUACGCUUGAAGCUGCGGAGAGGAGAUUUGCACAGUUCAAACGUGCUCAGAUGCUCCGGACAUGCUUGCAACGGAUGGAAGCGAUCACGACUGAAAAGAGACGAGAAGAAUUUGCCGUCGUCGCUGAGUUCCAGCAAAAGCUUAAGCAGCGCAUCUUUGAGAAGUUGAAGGAAAGACAAGCACACUUCCAACAGCUCAAUACAUGGGCUGACGCGGCACAUUUCUAUGUUGUGAGCAAGUCUACACUGAAGACCUGGAGUGCGGCGACUCAGCACUCGCGCCGGAACCGCAGACGCGAUACAUAUUCUCAGGUUCGAAGAACUGUCAAGACAAAUCUCGUGCGCAGGCUCUUUGCGAAUUGGAGGGAGAAGUCGAACCAUAUUGCACAUCUCAACCAACAAGCCAACUACAUACUGGAAAAUCGGACAGUGCAGAGUAGCGGAGCCGUUCUUCACCAAUGGCACGAUCGCGCACUCACACUCCGCCAGCAAGAGUCUCAAGCAACAAAUCUUCACGCCUUUAAGCUUGGAACCCGCUACUUCCGCAUCUGGUCUGAGCGCUUGGAAGUUCUCCAGACAAUGGAGGCCCAAGCGGCGGCUCUACGACAAGAGGGCGCUGAACUCGCCGCCACCUCUGCGCUCAAGAAACUCGGUUGGCGUCUCUGGAACGUCCAGAGACAGGAAGAGAACGCGCGGGCGUUUCAGUCCAACGCCUACGAGUCGGUCGAGAAGAAGUCGGAGGGAUGA